AUGGCGUCUCCUGCAAUUCACCAGGCCAUUACUGAGGCCGCUUCCAAAUAUCGCUUUCCUGAGGGACGGGUGUUUGAGUAUGGCACCGCGGGGUUCCGCAUGAAAGCAGAUCUGCUCAACACAGUCGUCUUCGCUGUAGGACUUCUCGCCGGACUACGAUCAAAGAAGCUCAAUGGCCAAUGGAUUGGUGUUAUGGUCACGGCGAGCCACAAUCCCGCCGAGGAUAAUGGUGUGAAGCUGGUUGAUCCGAUGGGCGAAAUGCUUGAAGCUGAGUGGGAGGCAUAUGCGACCAAGUUGGCCAACGCGCCCCUUGACAAGGUGGCAGAUGUCUACAAUGACCUAAUCAAGGAAAUCGACAUCAAGAUGGACAACCCUGCACGAGUGGUUUUUGCCCGCGACACACGCGCAUCUGGUUCCCGUCUAGUGGGAAUCCUCAAUGCGGCGUUGACUGCCACUGAAGUCGAGUUUGUCGACUUCAAAUUCAUGACCACCCCCCAGCUACACUAUAUUGUUCGAUGCAAAAAUACCCUUGGCACUCCAUACGAGUACGGCGAACCUACAGAGCAGGGCUACUACGAGAAACUCGGUGAAGCUUUCAAGAAGGUCAUGAAGAGUGUCAAGAUCCAAGGUCACCUCACUGUUGACUGCGCCAAUGGUGUUGGUGGUCCCAAGCUCCACGAACUCAUCAAAUAUCUCCCAUCUGCAGCGGAAGGUGGCCUUGACAUCAAGGUAGUCAACGACAAUGUCAUCAACCCAGAUAGUCUCAAUUUUGAGUGUGGCGCAGACUACGUCAAAACCAAGCAACGAGCUCCCCCCUCAUCCAAGGCCGCACAGUUGGACCGCUGUGCAUCUUUAGACGGCGACGCUGAUCGAUUGGUAUACUACUUCUUGGACGAGAACAAUGUGUUCCGAUUGCUUGAUGGAGACCGCAUUGCAACGCUUGCAGCUUCCUUUAUCGGCGAUCUAGCCCGCAACGCCGGCAUUGCACAGAAACUAAAGAUUGGUGUUGUUCAGACUGCUUAUGCCAACGGCGCUAGCACUGAAUAUAUUGAAAAGGUUCUCAAACUCCCUGCCGUAUGCACAAAGACAGGUGUCAAACAUCUCCACCAUGCGGCCAUGCGAUAUGAUGUUGGUGUCUAUUUCGAAGCCAACGGCCACGGCACAGUGACAUUUUCAGAAAAUGCGCUCAAAACCAUUAAGAGCGCAGAGCCUCAAUCACCGGCCCAGCAGCACGCACUGGAAUCUCUCGUCGGUUUGACAGAUUUGAUCAACCAGGCAGUCGGAGACGCUUUGUCAGAUAUGCUUCUCGUCGAGGCGAUCUUGGCCCACAAGGGAUGGACCACCAAGGAAUGGCUCGGCACUUACACUGACCUGCCUUCUCGUCUUGUCCGCGUAGAAGUUGCGGACCGCUCAAUCUUCAAAACCGUUGACGCAGAACGCAAGCUCGAAUCCCCGGCAGGUCUACAGGAUAAAAUUGAUGCUCUGCAAUCCCGUUACAACAAAGGCCGUAGCUUCGCCCGUGCCAGCGGCACAGAAGAUGCUGUGCGCGUGUAUGCCGAGGCUGCCAGCAGAUCCGAAGCUGAUGAUUUAGCUACUCGGGUCGCCAACGCUGUGAAGGAAGCUGGCUCUGGCGGCGAUGCUUAA